CUCUAUUCUCAUCACCACACAAGAACAGAUUCAAAGUUCAAUGAUUGCUGCUACUAUGUUGUCCCAAAAUCAUAUGUAAUUUGUACCAAAUUUAGAAGUUAUUAUUGUACCUUUACCAAAGUAAGAAUGUAUUACCGUAAUUUCACUAAAAUAAAGGGGGUUUAAAGGUAAUUUAUCCGACGUGGAGAAAGAAAUCGUUUCCUCCUAUAUUCGAUUCGCCCGUCGUCUCUUUGUCAGCUGAUCUCCGUCUCCAUCUGCAAAUCUCUUUCUUUUUUUCUCUCUCUAGGGUUUCUUUCUCUCUCCACGACUUCAAAAUUUGUCUCCCACACCAUCAUCUUUCAACCAUGGCCGGAACUCGCUUGCCACCGGAAGACAACGAUAUCUCACAGGUACGAGUGCCAGUAACCGCCGAUCUGAUCUCCGAUGAUGACCGCUCUGUUGCUGCUGACUCUUGGUCCAUCAAAAGUGACUACGGAAGUACUCUUGACGAAGAUCAGCGUCACGCUGACGCAUCAGAAGCUCUCGCAGCCGCACCGUAUCGUACCGCCUCUGAUUACAGUUCUGACAAAGAAGAACCUGAUGCUGAAACAAUUACAUCAAUGUUGGGGUUCCAAAGUUACUGGGAUUCAGCAUAUGCAGAUGAAUUGACAAAUUUCCGUGAACAUGGACAUACUGGUGAAGUUUGGUUUGGUGCUGAUGUCAUGGAAGUAGUUGCUUCCUGGACAAAAGGCCUAUGUGUUGACCUUUCUCAAAAAGAACUUCAAAACCACCAUGAAAAUGACAAUUCUGACCUUGAUAAACAAGGCAAGAGAGAUUUAGCAGAUUGGAGUGUUCUUGAUGUUGGAACUGGCAAUGGAUUGCUUCUUCAAGAACUUGCUAAACAAGGGUUCUCUGAUCUAACUGGAACUGACUAUAGUGAAGGAGCCAUUGACCUUGCUCAAAGCCUUGCAGAUCGUGAUGGAUUUGCUACUAUCAAACUCUUGGUGGAUGAUAUUCUUGAAACAAAGUUGGAUAAAAAGUUUCGUUUGGUUACAGACAAAGGGACUUUGGAUGCAAUUGGAUUGCAUCCUGAUGGUCCUAUAAAAAGGAUUAUGUAUUGGGAGUCCAUAUCAAGACUUGUAGCUCCUGGUGGCUUACUUGUUAUCACUUCAUGCAACCACACAAGAGAUGAAUUGGUGCAAGAAGUUGAAAACUUUAAUCAAAGAAAAGCCCCUGAAGAAUCAGAUAUUUCCAGAAACCCCCCUGUAUUUUCCUACUUGGAUCAUAUUCGGUCCUAUCCAACAUUUAUGUUUGGAGGAUCUGUUGGGUCCCGUGUUGCUACUGUAGCAUUUCUUCGUAGCUAAGUUAGUUGUGUGUGUGUUUUGUGUGGUGUCCCUUGUGUGUGUGUUGACUUGACUGAAGAUGAAACUUUUUUAAAAACUAUACUUUCUGUUAGGGGUAGUUAUGUCAAAACCACUUUUCCAAAACUGAAAAAAAAAACCCUGAGCAUUUGGAUGCUAGGUGUUUUGAAUUUUGUAUCCUUAUUAACUUUCGGUUAACUUUACGUAAUUGCCCUUGUUUCACUAAAUUGUAUCAUUUCGUUUUACUUAUUUGAUAGCUAAAAUAUCUUGUUGUUUCCAUGUUAUUUUGAUUUAUGACAUAUUCAGUUUGUUUUAUUGUUUUAUGAACAACCUUUGAUAUAUAUAUUUGGCUUCAUAUACUCACUUGAGAUCUAAAUGUGUAAUGUCUAGUAAAAGGAAUUAUAUAUAUCUGCAUAUCAUAUGUGACUCUAAUGUGGAUUUCUUAUACAAAAUUAUUAAUUUGUAC